CCCGGUUGACGGCAGUUCGCGACAAAUGGUGACGCGCGUGCAGUGCACCUUGCGCAAUGCCAACCAUCGCUUUUCUCCGCUAUAUCCUAUUCUUGUCUUGACCCGCGCAGGUGGCGGGUCGCGGAUAACUUCUUUCUACAAGGUGAGAACGUACAUAUUUUUCCAAGGUAUCCGAUUUUAUCAUAGCCAUACAGGACAUGCGGGAGAUAAAGCCGAUAGUUCGCGAUCAGUACCAUUCCCCACCUCCACAACGCACUACUCUGUAGUCCAUGUAUGUAGUACUGAUCUCACCAUUCGAGGUACCAUGGUCAAGCGAGCAGGUUGCCCCACAGCGGUUGACUCCUGGCGGUCGGUGCUACUUGCCGUGAGCCCAGGCAUCCAAGCGUUCACCGGGGCAGCUCUCCUACACAUUUUCUUUUCUAUGUAUAUCGGAGCCACAUAUCAUAGUCAUGUCUUUGGUGCACAAGCUAUUUUGACGACCUGCAUAUUCCAAUAG